AUGCUGGCUCUCGAAGCGGAUAAAUCGGACUGGAGGCCUGAAAACACUCACCGCUUGGCGGCUGAUGACAAGGCAAUCUCGUCACUGCCUCAAAUAUUCGAAGACAACGGAAGGCAAUCCACUGCCACAAGAGUGGUGUGUGAAAUGAGUGAAGAAGGGGCGAAAAGUUGUCAGCUUCGGAAGUUUGAAGUUGACGGAGGGACUUCAUGGAUGAUGUUCCAAGAUGAGAGCCAACAGGAUACCUUUCUCGUCUGCGCUCUCACAAAAUCCACUCAGGAUUGGAAAACUGGUAUUUCUGUGCGGAUUGUCAAUGGUGCACAUGGCCAGCGCUUUUGCAUCGAGUCGAGAAGGGGCAAAAAGAUAUCAGCUUUCGAGAUUCGAACUUGGCAGCCGAUUUCUGCAACUUCAGCGGCAAAAGGGAAUACAAAAAGCGUUCCAACAAACGUACAGACACACUCUCCCAGCCUCCUAUUCUCCCCCCUCCUACCCUCCCAUCCCCAAUUCAAAAGAAACCCAAAAAGAAUCGAACCAGGGCCUCCGCCAGCGAAGCAAAAACCUAGCGGCCAGCUAGGGAAAACUAGCAAGCUGAUUAUGUUCAACGCAACGGCCAAUCCAGAAUUGCUUUGCGACAGCACCAGUUGGAUUUCUGAAGCGACAGAGCGCUCGCUUUUAUUGGUUGGAAGGGUUGGGGGGUGGAGUGGGAAUCGAUGUGAUCGGACGAUUCUGGAGGAAUUUAUGUUUGCUUUUGCAGCGAUUGUGAUCUUUGAACAUCAUACCUUGCCGCUAUCAAGUACAACAAGCACCGAGCUUCAUCAAGAAGACGCACACUCUCUCUCUGCAUGCGAGGCGUGGGUCUUCAAAACCAUUCGUCUACAUUGCUGCGAGAAAGAGACCUCGCGGGCAAGGAGUUGGCGCAACAAUGACUCUACCCAAUCCUCGCCAGCCUCGCCUCGAAAACGUCUUCGAUGGGAGUGGCACGGGAAUGAGCAAUACCAUCAUCCAACCCCAAAUCACAUCCUCCUAAUCCAAGCACCAAGAUCACCAUCACCACCUCCCACCAUAGCAUCCCCUGCAAAGUCUCAUCCUCCAGCUCCGUCCAUCUCUCAACCUCUCCUCCUCCAACCCAACUACAAAUCAUUCCCACCUUCCCCCAAUGCGUCUCCCUCAAUCCCUAAUCCCCAAUCUUACUCCCUAAUGCCAUCUCCAUCUAGCAAUUUCUCCUUCUCCCCGCCAUCAAAUCUCAUCUGCCUCGCCUCCCUCGCAUUCUUGACGAUUAACCAAACCGAAGAGAAUCAUGCAAAACAGCAUGAUAUUCAGCCAUUGAGGAUUACAAGCGAGGGAGCUGUUGGGGAUGGAGGAGCAGUAAGCUGUUUGGUUGCGAGGUUGUGGGGAUGGGGAGGAGCGCGUGCAUGGGGAGAGGAUGGAUGGUAUGGAGUGGUGGUGAACGGGAAGAUUUGCGAGCAUUAUGCACGAUCAGAGGAGGCUGGGGGGAUGACGAGAAUGAUGUUUGAAGGGUGUGAAGGAACGAUGUGCUCGUUCGUCACGCUUGAGAGCUGGUAUGGUGAAUGCUACUUAGGCUACUCCUCAUUCGAAACUGCAUCUCCGGCCGAGCGCGGUAGACUGGACCGCUCCGUCAUGCAAUCCACAUUGACCUCCAAGUCCGCUGCACCUCCCGCUCUGCCAGAUGUUCUACAUUGCGCCAACAGUCAGCGUCAAUCUUCGCCACAGCGAUGCGUUGUAAUGGUUACCAAAUCGCGUAGCAGUGUCAGUCAUCUUGGAAUGCAGGGUUUACUUACUUUCUGUCAUUCGUCUUCGCGACUGACGAACUAUACGAGGCCGUCAGCAUUCUUGUCAUGGAAAUCUCGUGUUCAUGAAGAAGAGAAAUUGUCGAACAAGCUUUCAGGCGUUGUAAUGGUUACCAAAUCGCGUAGCAGUGUCAGUCAUCUGAAGAAGGGAUAUGAUAUGAUGCAGGGGUUGACUUACUUAUCUUCAAGAUUGAGUGCAGUAGACGGAUAUGGCCGAGACGUCGAGGGCAAAGGUAAACGACGCAUCAGCAUUAUCGUCAUAAAAAGACUCCUUUCAGGCGAAGUAAAAGUGACCAGUAUGCGAUGCGGUUUCAGUCAUACUUACCUUGUUGCGGGACUGAUUUACCUUAGUGAUGGACUGAUGGAGGUGGAUGACGGGGAGGAUGAAUGUACUCACUUUGCUGACGAGAUGUUGCUCUUCAAGGCGCGAGAUACGCACCAAAUCAGCUCUCUGCCUCGCCAGAAAGCCGUUCAGGCGAGGGUUUCGACACCGUUUUGCGUUGCGAUAUCAAGAGAAGGAUGGAGAUGGAUAGAUACGUUUCAGGAGAUCGAAGUCGAAAGUCGCGGACAAAACACCACGAAGGCUCAGAAGAAGGUGCCUCAUGAAAGUGUCAGCGGUCUGUCCCAUCAUCAUGAUCUGAGCAAUACUACAGGCCCGUCUUGCGACUCGGUCUCGGUCAUUGCCUUCUCCCCCUACCUCAUUGCUCUGAUGGAAUGGCGGAUGGCUAGGUAUGAGAGUGCGGUGCCUUGUAUCGAAGGCCCAUCUGCGAAGGGAAGUCAGCAGUCUGUCUCUGUCAGGCGAACAAUACUACAGGCCCGCAUUGCGGCUGUUAUCGCCCGUUGGUACUUGAUGCUUCCUCAAACAGGCUCGCUCAUGGCCUUCAACCCACAAACCUUUCUGCUGCAAGGGGUGGUCAGACUUACCGGCGAUGCGUGGGGACCUGUGGCGAGUCGUCAGCAGUCUUGUGUCACCAUCUCAUCGGUGUAUUCUGUGGGGAAGAAGGUAUAUCCACGACCAGUGCGCAUUGCGGGCUCAGUCAUUGCGGCCCCAAACUCUGCUGUACUGACACAUCAGCAGGUGAUACUUACAGUCUUGUAUGAUGACGAAAAGGGUGCUGGUACACGCGUAACGGCUGGUGGUGCAGGUGGCUGGUCUGGAAGAAGCAAGUCAGCGAUGCGUUUCAGAUGUCGCGGCAUGCUUAAUGCGGUGCUUGAAUGCUCCCAUGGGAGCUGCCAUUCACCGCUGCCUUGUGCUGCCGUUCUGAGGAGGGAGCAGGAAGAAGUUCACAUACCUUCGCUCGCUGUUAUGCGCGAGAAACAGCGCGCGUCAGCGCGUCUUGGAAGUCUUGCUGGUGCUGGUGCUGGUGCUGGUGCUGGUGCUGGUGCUGGUGCUGGUGCUGGUGCUGAUGCUGAUGCUGAUGCUGGUGCUGGUGCUGGUGGUGAUGGUGGCAUUGGUGGCCCCCUUUCGGUAGGCCACCAAGAGGCCGGCGCCGGCGGUGCGCGUGGAGCAACCUACAUUCCGGCGUUGGUGGCGGUGGCGUUGGCGGUGGUGCUGGUGCUGGUCACCGCCGCCGCCGCCGCCGCUCACUCGAAGAGCCUCAUGACGAGCGCGAAGAGUAGGCGAGCAGCAGCUGAGCGAGGUGGCGAGCGUGCUUGUGGACGAGGUAGGACGGAAGAAGCGAUGGAGAGGACGAGGGAUGUGCAGGGAGGUGUUGGAGAGUGUGGGCUGUGCGAAGUAAACAUUCAUACUGCCAAGCCUUUUGGCGCGAGCGUUGGCUCUUGCCCGAACUUUGAACAUCGGGGGCACUUUGAGCAAGGUAGUCUUACUACAUCAGUCUAUCAGGAAUUGACGAUCUCGGGCAUAGAAUGCAGGACACGAUAUGGAUUGCACGUUCGUCGGUUUACUGCAUCCCGAGAGCCAUUUUUUGGCAACGGGGGCAUAUCUUCGUACCCUUCCUCUAGCCAUCCAAUUUCAAUCGGCAUCAAUGAGUCGCAAGCCAGGCCAAAUGGGCUCUAG